UGUUUUCAUUUUUUUUUUUUACUAAACCAAGACGAAAUUACGAAAUUUGGAUGUAAUUUUGUACGAUUUCAUGUAAAAGAAUGAGGUUUUUGUAGAAUUUAAUAAUUUUGCUUGUGUUUCAUUCUGUUGUGCGAGAAAAAUCAUUCGGAACGAUUGUAAAUUCUCUCUAAUUGGUGUUUUGUCUACGAAACGCUUUGUGAAGUCAUGAUGUAAUAUCGUGUUAGCAACUAUAUUAUUGACAAAAUUUAAGAUAUUAUGGCUUGUGAAGAUGCUGAAUUGAUCGAUUUCGACAACGAUGUGAUUGAAGAAGGUGAUCCAAUUUACAUAUACGACGUUCUCAAUAAUAGUUGGAAGAAAAGUACUGCUUUAGAAGUAGAUAGUAGUGACCAUGAAUUAUUAGUAAAAUAUGAAGAUAGUUCUCAAGAAUGGGUCCGAAUGGAUGGACCAAAGAUGUGCCGUUGUCCGCCACCGCCACCGCCUCCAAAGCCACAACCUUUAAUACCGCCACCAAUCGUUAUCAAAAGUGAAUCACGCGCUGUCGAGAAGCCUGCAUUGCCCAAGAAAGCAGAACGGCCUAAAACUAAUUUGAAAACCAUCACCAAAGCAAAAGCUACCGUCUCAAGUAAACCCAAAAGCAAUUCUAAAAAAUCUGGUUCUAGUCAUUCGAAAAAAAUUAUUAAAAAAUUGGAGGAUUACAUCACCGGCGGCGAUGAUGAAUCAUUUCCUGAGGAAAGUUUGGAUGAGAAAAAUGUACCAACGGAGUCUCCUGUUACGCCUUCACCUUCGCCUUUUCCAAGGUUACGCUUGUUACCAAAAAGUAGUAGCAAAAUGGAACAGUAUCGAAAGAAAAAAGAACAAGCGAAGAAAAAAUCACCCCUGAUCGAUAAUCCUGACGCAGUGGUCAACGCAGAUACCAAAGGUACACCUGUGAGUAGUAAAUCACUGAAAGCAGUUCCCAGUAAAAGUGGUGAAAAUGAAAAAGAGGUGACCAAGUUUAAAGUCAGAUUUGGUAAAGCACCCGAUUUAAAUCCACCAUCGCGGAAAAAAAGCAAACCGCGAAAUGAAGAUAUGUUCGAAGACGUCAAUGUGGAAAUGUCUGUAGUUAUAAAUGAUGAAAAAUUGCCAUCCGGUUGGUCGAAACAUAUGAUCAAAAGGAAAACGUCUAAAAAAUGGGACAUAGUGAUACAAAACGAGGAUGAGAGAAAAUUCAGAUCGAGAGCUGACUUGAAGGCUUAUUUUGAAGGAAUUAAUCAACCUUAUCCCGAUGAAUUAUUCGAUUUCAGUUCAGGCAAGAGAACACCUCAUGCAAGAACGCCCGCCGCCGAAAAAAGCGAUGAUUUAGAUACAAAUGAAAGUAUAUCUUUUCUGAGUAAUAAACGAAAAAUUAAAACACUACUUCCCAGGCGCAGUGUUCCUGAAAUACAGUGUUCGACUCCGCUCCCAAAGCCUGAACCGGUUGCUGAACAUGAUCUCAUUCAACCUACCGUGGCUGUUGCAGCGUGCACCCCUACCCCCAUUUCCACACCCGCACCACCCACGCCAGAAGCUGUUUCACCGUUAGUGUUGACACCUUUGCCAGCUGUGCCAGCCUUGCCAGCUUCACCAGUUUUGUCAGCUUCGUCAACGAGCGCUUCUGGAUCUGGAUUCACAUGCCCGAAACAAGAUUGUAAAAAACAUUACAGAUCUGAAAGUUUAUUAAUGAUGCAUAUCAAACAUUAUCAUCGAGAAUACAAAAGUUUGUUGAAAUCUAUGCCGAAUGUAGCUGAUCUAGCUUAUGCGCGAACAGUUGGCGAAAGUAUCGAUUCUCCACAAUCCGCGCUUUUGGAAAAAAUUACUCGAAUCGAAGAAGACAGAAUGAAAGAAAAAACUGACGAUGCACCAAUAAUUGAUGAAGACUUCACUUUACAAAUCGAACCAGAUGAUGAGACUACGUUAUCUGCUAGUGAUAAAUCUGCAAACAGUAGUUUGUUAAAAGUACCCAAGAAAAGUACAUUAUUCGAGAAAACGAUGCCUUCACCUACUCCUGCUUCUCCGUCAGCUUCAACGUCAGUGUUACUAGCUCAAUUGAAACAGCCACCUUUAGUUCCUCCACCGAUCUCAAUACAAGCAGAAUACACAGACGCAGAAUUAUCAGUGUCGCAAAAUAGUCCGAUAGCGUUGUAUUCGCCUAAAGUAACGGCUAAGGAUGUAAAUAAAUCAUCACCUUUAAGUGAAACGGAUAGUGGUAGGAAAUCGGCGUCGCCUAGGAAACGUCGUGUUUCACAGCUAGAUGCCGGCGAAGUGAUCAAUUGCACUUGCGGUUAUGGAUUCGAAGAUGGAUUAAUGAUGCAGUGUGAUUUGUGCUUAUGUUGGCAACAUGGAGCUUGUAAUUCGGUCGAAAACGAAGAAGAUACUCCUUCGCCGUAUAUUUGCGUCUUAUGUCAAAAUCCACGUAGAAUUCAUUCGUCUAAAAAAUAUGUAUACACGCAGAAUUGGAUGAAAGAUGGCAAAAUACCAAGGUAUGAAUUCUCCAAAACCACUGACGAAAUCCAAGCGGAAAGAGAAUCGCUUAUCCAACGAACGCAAGGAUUUUUAUGUAAUUUAGCAGACUUGAGAAACGCAGUUUUUGGAUUGCUAGUGAAAGUUCACAUUUUAAAACAAUCGCCAGAUCAUCCUAAAUUAUACCUUUGGGCCCAGUCGUGGACUAAUAAAAAAUCCGAAGAGAAAGAAAAUUUACUCGUAGCUGAAAGCGGUCCUGUGCCGGAGGCAGCAAUUAAUAUGGCAGAUUGUAGGAAACAUUUAUCCGAACAUAUCGACGAAGAAAUAGAAAAGGCUGAAGCAAUAUUGCAAGACAUUGAAGAAAAAAUCGAUAAUUUAGAAAAAGACGAUGAUUUCGAAAACGAUUCCGACAGAUUCAAAAGCGUCGCUAAACAUAUGUUAUUAAUGAUGCUUCGAGACUUAUCUUCGAUUCAGAACUUGAAAUAUUGUUCGUGAAAGGUACCCUUGACUGAUGAUUCAUGUCAUGUGUGGCGUCGUCGUCGUUGUAAAUGGCGUGUAAUCGAUGUGAUUUUGUAGCUGCGUUUCUUCGCUAUUUUUAUUUUGAAGCUGUAUCAGAACUAUUUCAUAUGUGAGGAUAGCUCCUGCUACCUGUUGUUGAAAAUAUACGAAUUUUUGUAACGUUA